GUCUCUUUCGUCGAGCCCACAGCCCCACAAAUCAAACUCAGUCAGCGCCCGGCAGAGAGACAGAAUGGAGGAUGAGAGGCGGAGAGGCGGCUGUUGACAGAAAGCCCCAUCGGCGCCAGCGGAGGACACUUAAGGGAUGAUCGAUGCCGCGCUCGUCCAAAAAUGCUGGUUUCUGUGGUGUUCCUGCAAACCGGGAGAUGAGAUUUGCACAGAACGGAGAGCAUCUCCUUGCUGUGAUAUUCAACAGUCCGCCUGUGCACCGUGCGUGGUGCGUCGGGGGUGUGCGGUGCACGGGGCGCACGGCUCAGUACCGCGCCGGCUCCACUCUGGACUGAGGAUAACCGCUGCUCUCUUCAGCUCGGAAGGGUGAUCUUCCCCAUCAUGAGGACUCUCUCAGCCAACUUGUUUGCGGUGCUCCUGAUGUGCGCCCUCGCGGGUGUUUUCUACGUCUGGAGCGCACUGGAGAGCCGUUUGGAGCGGCAGAAACGCAGCUUUCCGGCACCAGAUGGAGGCUUGUUCCACCGUGGUCUCCCCGAAGACCCCUCCACCAAAACUUUCCGAGCCCUGCUUGCUGUUCCUGCGCCACAAAGACCUGCCCAGAAUCUCAGCAGUCAAGCCGCCUCCGCGGGAAGUCGAAAUUAUCAUGUGAAAGAGGAUAACAAGAAGAGGUCAGCGCGGCGGGAGGGUCCGGUCACAACAUCAGUCAACCCCGUGGACAACAGGAUUUUUUGGAGUGACUGGCUCGAGGACCUCUUCCCGGUAGGCUUCACGCAGGAACACGCGUUAGCUUGGAGGAAUAAAGGUAGAACGUCCCGGGUGGUUCGGCUGGAGCGUGGAUGCGGCAGGACAUCCAAUCAGCUCGCCACGUUUGCAGACGGGACGAAAGCAUGCGUGCGUUACGGGAUAAACGCGGAUCAGGUGCAAGGUGAAACUUUGACGUACUACUUUGCCAGCGUGCUGGGCAUCACAAACCUGCCGCCGCUUGUUCUGUCCCAGCUGAGCAGACACGGGGAGCAAUGGGCGGCUGUGAGGACACGGAUCGACAGCCUGCAGUGGAGCGAUGGGACCGUGGUUUCCCUCACCGAGUGGAUUUCCAACCUGAGCGGCGUGGUCGCACCUGCGCCGCUCCGGCAGGAAAGCGGCGGGCUGCACCCUCUGCUCCAGGGGCUAAGCAACAAGACCACGGCGGAGCUUCUGGAGCUGAUGCAGUGGACGGACCUGAUCCUGUUGGACUACCUGACUGCAAACUUCGACAGACUCGUCAGCAAUCUGUUCAGUCUGCAGUGGGACUCGCGCGUCAUGGAGCGGGAGACCAACAACCUCCUGAAAACCCCUCACGGGGACCUGGUGUUCAUAGACAACGAGGCGGGCCUCGUGCACGGCUUUCGGGUGUUAAACAUGUGGGAGAAAUACCACAGCUCCGUCCUGAGCUCCGUUUGCGUGUUCAGGAAAAGGACCGCGCGGCGCGUGGCGGAGCUGCACGCGCGCAGAGACGCCAGGCAAAGGCUGCUGGAGCUCUACCGAGACAGCGAGCCUUUGUCUCAGGAACUGGGAUUUCUGUCAGAUGAGCACGCGGUCGUUCUCCAGGAGAGGAUCAGUACUCUGCACAAACAUAUUUUGCAUUGCAAAGAACGCUACAGCGAGCUGUGAGCACACAGGACGCGCGCGCCUGGUGGAUUUUAUUGUCUGCACAACUAAGAGAAACGAGCUUGUCAAAUGUGAAUGUUACACCUGUGCAACAGUGAUGCACGAAAACGUCUUCAGUAUCCAGCUGAACUACCUCCCGUGAAUAGAAAUGCCUUGUUUAUAAAUACUAACGAUUUAUUUCAUGCCAUUAAGUUCUCCUGUUUAACCUGUGAGGGGAAGUUAUAGACUUCUGUCCUCUUUCACUGCAUUCAUGUUCAGCUGAAUAUAAAUACAUGUAAAAAUGUAGAGUAAAAGCCUAUUUGUGACAAUAGGAAACCAUAUGUUUUUUGUUUUGUUUGUUCAAAUUGUGUUAAAGAAACCCCAUAAGCCUUAAGUUUACCCUACAGGGGUCUGCAACCUUCAACACUUGGGUCAAGUUCUCACUGACAACAACCCAGGAGCCCCAAAGUCUAACUUGACCCUUCAGAAAAACAAGACACUGAUUUGUAUUUAUACUAUUAUGGUAGAUAUAAAUGAACUAUUGUUUUUGGCAUAAAAAUGAGCCUUUUUUUUCACAAAAGAAAUACAUUAUAGCUUUUAACAGAGGUUCACUUCUUUUCAAAAUAAAAGACAGUGUGUCACAGAAUCAUCUCAAGGCAGCAUAGGUAGGUAGUAGGUAGUGUAAUCUCAGUAAUGAUUAAACAACAGUUUAUUUCACCAUCUAUGGAGCCAGAAAUUUGUAAAUCUAACAAACCAAAAUUAAAUCAGAGCUGAGUGAGUGAGUAUUUUUCAACCAAAAAAAAAAAAUUUGUUCCAAAAUAGAAAAUAAAUUUUAUAAUCUAGUAAACCUAACUGUCCUCCAACUGAUUUUCUGUGUAACACGGUGCUCAAAAUUCUCCGUGUUUUAGUUCAACUUUGUAAAACUUGUAAGCCAAACCGCUUAGGAUUGUUGGAGCAUUACAGCUGCUGUGCACAAGAGCCUUGCAGAGUGAUGGGCUCAUUUUCUUUUCUUUUCUUUUUUUUGCUUUACUACUUACUUGCUUUUUACUUUACACUUACUUUAACCAGAGAGCCACAACGAAGGGGCCUCAGGUUGCAGACCCCUGCCCCAAUAAAUCCACCAUUCUCUCCUGCUCAGUAAUUUGCACACAUUGUAAAAUAGCUGGCACCUUCCCUCUUGCACAUUUAGCCUUAAAGUCGCCACUGUGUCAUAAAUGUUGUGUUUUUAUGUGGUAAAUAUAAAUAAUACAACCAGUUUUGAUGCUAAAUAAUUUAAUGUAUGUUGUAACAUUCCAAAAUCUUUCUUUGUUUUUUAUAAAUACAUCAUAAUCUAAGAUGGCU